AUGACGAUUUUGGAGCUUCUCAAUCCCAUCGAUGAGAAUGAGACUGCUCAGCCAGAGCUGACCGAGGACGAGAUUUUGGAAGAGGUAAAGGAGGCUCAGGAGGAGGAUGCAGACAGUGAUGACGUGGCCAUUGUCGCAGAAAGGUUCACCCGAACCAAAAAGAUCAACCUCCUUCGUGAUACGUGCUACCUGCUCAUUGUUUUCAUGGAAAUUCACCAAGCUGCUUAUAAAGUCCUCCGCGACCUUCAACUUGACAUUCGCAACGCACCCACCACCCAAACUACCCUCGACAUGUGGUUCAAGUAG